UAGAAGAAUAUUUCCAGUAAAAUUAACUGAAGGGCAAAUAAAGCACGAAAAGAAACAAUUUCCUGACACAGAUAUGGCGUCAGCUAUGAACGAAAAAAAUAUCCUUUACGAAAUAGAAAAAAUUCUUCAUGAAAGAGACAACUGGGCGUGCCGGAAGUCUUUUAAUCUGUUGUAUAGUGCACGUAAUUCAGGUAAUUGUGACCCUAAAGAAUUUCAUAAGAAUUGUGAUUACAAACCGGAAACUGUAACAAUAUUGUUUGGUGAAAACGGAGUUAUUUUUGGCGGUUAUGCAAAAAAGGAAUGGAGCAUCAUUGGAAAUUUUAUAAAAGAUGAGGCUGCCUUUCUUUUUCGCAAAAGUCCAGACGAAGGCGCAACGUUAGAAAUGUUAAACAUUAUGAAGAACCAGGAAAAUUGGGCUUUGUAUUGUCACGAGAAUUAUGGACCAUGUUUUGGAGGAGGAAGAUUUACAUCAAGCGAUUUAAUGGCAUUUAAAAGACCUUGGUACGGUCUUUGUAUUCUGGAAAAUGGCAUAUUUAAUCUAAAUGGAACCAGUACAAUUAAAAGUGGCGUUUACUGUCCCACAAAAGACGGUACGGAUUUGAUAGGUAGAGGACCAAUGAAAGUGACAGACGUUCGUGUAUAUCAAGUUGAAGUGGAAAAGAAUCCCGUCUGGCGAAGAAUUCCGACAAAAGAAGCCGAAAUGGAAGAAUUGAAAAUGAAAAUAGACGGAAUUAAGCCGAAGGAUGAGCUGGGUGUCAGUCAUUUGAAUAUCUUACUUAUUGGAUCAUCACGUGCUGGAAAGUCAAGCCUUUGCAACACUCUUUCAGUAGUUUUGACCCGCAAGCUAGAUCGCGUUGCCGAAACUGGAAGUGAAAAUAGCAGUGUGACUAACAAGUUGCAUUGUUACAAACUUGUUUGCAAGACGAACGACCAGUUAAAAAUACAUAUAACAGAUAUCAGAGGCUACGAAGAGCAUCGAGGGUACGAUUAUGAGCUUGAAAAGAUAUUAGAUGGAGAACUCAAACCAGGUUAUCAUUUCGACGAUACAGAAAAGGAGGUAUCUAAAAGUGAUUUGGCGUACGCAGCUAAAACGGACAAUGCGAUACAUGCAGUUUGCUUUGUGGCGGAUGUUACACAGAAACAUAAUCAACAAUUGCGUCAGCAGUUUCAAAAAAUAAAAAAAGUGAUCAGAAAAAGAGAUUUACCCAUCAUAGGCAUUGCAACAAAACUAGAUACACAAAACCAUGAUUUUGAACAAAAUUUUGAACAUAUGUAUAGAGAUACCAAAUGUGAAUACAAAGUGAAGGGGGUAGCACUGAGUCUAGAAAUACAAGCGAAUGCGGUGUUUCCUGUUGUGAAUUACACAGACGAUGAAUAUUUUCAUGAAAAAAAGGACUUCUUAGCGCUUAUAGCGUUAGAUUUCAUCAUACAGAAGAUUAUGAUUCACAUUAAAGAGCUGAAAGAGUGGAAAGCGUUGCAUGAUCAUAAGGACAUAUGGUUCACCCGUAAUGAAGAGGUUCUAAAGCUGACACAACCAAAGUUCAAAAAUGAAGUGAUGCAAAUCAUCGAGAAGGAGGACAACCUCGAAUACUGUGUGUUGGAAAACCAAACGCCGGAAAAUCUGCCUUCAUUGAUUCUAUUCUGUCAACUGUUUCUGGCAGGGUUUCAAAUCAUGCAACUGGAGGGUUUGCUCGUUUGAAGCAAGAAGAAGAAGAAGGGUUUACUCCAGCUACAGAAAAUUUCAAUCCUCAUCAACUUAAAACUGGAAUCGACGGGAAGAGAAAAACGCAAUUGUAUUUCUGUGAUAUGCCAGGAAUGCAUGAAAAGAACAAACUAAAUGUUGAGCAAGUAAAAUACAUCCUCGAAGGACAUGUUCCGAGUCGAUACGAGAUGAUUCAAGGUAUAUGUGAAGAUGAUGAGGACUUCAUAAAAGAGCCUGAAAAAUCAAACAAGAUACAUUUGGUUUGUUUUAUAGUUGACGGAGCAAACGUGGAUGCCAUUGAAAAAUGGGAAAUAGAAUAUUUUAAACAACUAAAAAAACUUCUGAUGAGAAAAGGAAUAGCGUUUGCCACAGUGGUUACUAAGAUAGAUCAACUUGAUAAGACACUCGGACUGGACUGCGACACACCAUAUAUGAAAUCAUGCCUGCAAGAAUGUUUACAACAGAUAGAGAAAACAUUCGGCUUAAGAAGAAGCGUCGUUUUUCCCGUUCGAAAUUAUGUACAUGAGCGAAGUGUUCAACCAAGUACAGAUGCUUUGCUUUGUGACGUGCUUCGCGAAAUAGUAAACCUGGCAGCUGGAAGAUGAAGAUUUUUUUGAAUAUACUAAAGUGAACCUUUGUCGGGCUGUAUUUAAAAGAGAGAUUGAUUUUGAGUCGAUGUAAACAAUAAAGCGCACAUGCAGUGACAACAUUUUUGGCUUGAAGACGGAAACAAAACAGUAUAUUUAUUACACGUAUAACAAUUCAUUUCUGUGUAAUACGUUCAGAUGUACACAAUAAAGCUAACUACAAUGUAUAAGUAAAUUUUUCAUGAAGUAAUGCUCAUCAAAUACAUACGUCAUCUUUUGUUCAUUCAAACGUUCAGGCAGUUCAAGUAUAAAGCAGGAGUAUGGCAUGUCAAACGUAUGUUAUUAUUAUUGUAUGUUUGUUAUUGUUAUUCAAUGUC